AUGCGCCAGCCGGAUGGACGGCCACGUGGCUUCGGCUACGUGACGCUGGAUUCUCCACAGGCUGCCGAGCUGUGCCUCGCAGCACCACAGGUCAUCGAUGGUCGGGUUGUGGACAUGAAGCGCGCAGUUCCGGAGGGCGACAUGGAAUCUGCCCCGACCACGAGGCUCCACACGCCGGGGGCCACGCGCCUGCCGCCGGGGCUUGUGACAGGACCAGGCCCUGCCGCGCCGCGCGGUGCUCCCGGUCUCACAGCAGGACCCGUGAAGCCGGUGCCAGCACCAAGACUGGCUCUCAGUGCGAUGAUGGACCUGUGCAAUCCCAUCCCGGAGACCCCUGCAACGCUGGCCUGGGACCAUUCAGAUAGUGUGCCAGACUGCCUGGCGCUGCUCUCGACGCGGCCCGAAGACCUUUGCUUGCCUGACACGCCAAGGGGCCCGAACAGCUUCCUCUCGGCCAGUGCGCCGGAGUUUGUGCCUGGCCCCGUUCUUGGAGAGCUGCCGAAGGUCCCAAACCAAGCGGCGCCUUGGGACAUGUCAAUGUAG